CACUCACCUGCCUGCAGAGCUUUGUCACUCGCGGCGAAACCCACUAACAACAGCCAAGAUGAAAGUCAAGGACAUGACAUUCAAGGAGGGGCAUGAGCUCAAGAUCCGCAUCAAGCCCAAGGAUGACUGCAAUACCUUUGCCAUCAACAUCGGUCAUGACUCUGAAAACAUCGCAAUGCACUUCAACCCUCGUUUCAGCAACAACACCAUUGUCUGCAACUCCUUGUCUGGGGGAUGCUGGGGUGACGAGCAAUGCGAAGGAAUCCUCCCCUUUUCACCUGGGGAGGAAUGCAAGUUUUACAUCAACUUCAACAAUGAGCAGUUUUACAUCAAGCUCCCUGAUGACUCCAUGAUGAAUUUCCCCAAUCGUCUGGGGGACGUCAAGUACAAGUACUUUGACGUCAGCGGUGAUGCAAGGAUCAUCGGCAUCAAGAUCAAGUAGACGCCGACCAUCGACUUCACCUUUGACUCUUGGUCUGUCCACCUGCUGUUUGUUGCUGAAAUAGCCUGUUUUAAAUUACUGAGGCGAGGCCUGAUUAGUCAUCUUUUCUCCUGUUGAGGCUUAUAGAAAUAUAACCCUAGAAAUGUACAUCAACAUGGAUAUUGUAAUAAGAGGAAAUGGCCUACAGAGGGAGCCACAGCACAUCUCACCAGACUGUGUCUGCUUGACAUCUCUUCAGUCACUGGGUUUGUUAAUAAAUGCUGUGAAAAAAAAGGAA